AUGUUCCAAUUCAGACUCCCUCAGCUGCCAUCAUUGGGGAAUCUCUUCCAGGGAGGCAUCCAGAUCCCCAAAGCCGCGCUCCACGACGUCGAAGAGCGACCCGAGAAGCGCGCGAGAACAUUGAAACACCUACUCAAGGCGAACCACAUCAACCACAGCAUCAUCUACAACAAGCUCCGAUUCCAUAAUCACACGCCUCACAUUCUCGGCUCGGCGUAUAUCCUAGGCGCCGAUGCCGACGAGUUGACCGGAAUCUACGAGGACGAGAGCAAGAGCUUGGAGCCUUGGAGGGACAGUCCGGGCGAGAUAGCAAGUCACGAUUGGAGGGAAUUCUUGGGCAAGAGAGAGUAUGUGGGCGCCUUUUCUGCAUUGUGCGGUACAACUGUGACUGCUUUCAAGAGCUUUGGUCUAUUAGACGAGGGGAGUCCUUCACGGUCACGGAAGCCCGGAUUUCAUCUUAGAGACAACAUGCGACGGGCAUCUCUGGCAGAUCAAAGCUAAUCGUGAGUACCAGGUAUCAACGAGCUUUCAUUGACUUCUUCGAAGACCAACUGGUACAACACGGCUACGACUGGCACGCGUUGUUGGAUGAAUUUCUCCUCUCUGGCAGAGAGCCGCUCAUAAACAAUCUGAUAUCCGGCCUUGCGCAUCCCCUCAUACAUCUCGGCUAUGCGCAUGAGCUCUCAUCCCGCACAGUUGCCACUGAGGCGUUGGGUCUCGCAGCUUGCUUCUACAACGACUGGCACGUCUUCCUUGACGAUCCAAAGUACACAAAGCCGGCUCCGAAUCCUUCCGACUCACUGUUUAGCAUCCUGAGUAGAGUCGCCGAGGAUCAAAAGUUCGAUAAUCUAUCUGAUCACUUGGGGAGCGACAAUAUUGACAAGAUUCUCGGCGAUGAGGAGCUCGCAUCGACGGCGCUGCAAUAUUGGAAUUCGUGGGAACUCAAGAAGCCGCGAGAACAGUUCGCUGAAUCCCAGAAACUAGCAGUGGCGCUUCUCGUGGCAGCGCAGUCUCGAAAGAAAGACGAUAAGCGCUACGACUUCUUCGCUGUACACCUGCUGACAAGCUCUCACGCUGUCCGGAUACUUUUACCCUCGUUACCGAACAAAUACCACAUCUCGCUCGUUCGGCAAUGGUGGCUGUUCACAUUGCUUGUAUACAUUGCUCAGCUACGCCCGAGGAUCAACAUCGAUAAAAUCAAGCUGGUGGAACUCGAGGGCCGCGACUGGAAAUACGUGACGGAGAAGGCAGUCCAGGGCAAAUACCGAACGGACGCACAUUAUGUCAAGUCCCUGCGCUCGAUGCAUGAGGCAAGCAAGACAUGGGGAGACGCGAACCAAUUCUACCUCAAAGCCGCUGUGAAGAUGGCGGACGAGUUUGAUGGAUGGGGCGGUUUCGGACCGCGUGACAUGGAGGAAGAAGCCGAUGCACAGGAGCUGAGGAAGCAGAAUGAGUCAAAGUAG